UUUUAUUUUUAUAUAGGCCGUUUGAGUAUUUCCAAAACCCUUUGACAACCCAGCUCGAGGCGUUUUCCAACACCGACCACAGAGGCCAACAUUGUUUUUGGGUAGACUUCCCGAUUUGUAGCUUAAAAAAAUGACUGCCGUGUUCCGCGUUGGCCUGGUGCGGCUUGUCAGCCGCGCCACACAAGCGCCCACUCUUCUCCAGGCGCAGACGAACGCCCUGCCCGCCGCUUUCCAGCAGCGAUGCAGCAUCUCCGGCAAGACCAUGCGAGGUGGCCCCCGGGUGCCCAAGGAAGCCCCCUACCCGUACAAGACGAAGAAGUAUACCGUGUUCAACUCAUUUUUCGACAAGACUUCCAAGCGUUUCGACGAGAACUCCAAAGUGAUCUGCGUUGAGGGACCCAUCGCAGCCGGCAAGACUAAGUUCGCCAAGGAGCUGGCCGAGGAGUUGGAUAUGCAGUACUAUCCUGCCGUGAAUCUGGAUCUGAUCUACAUCAAUAGCUACGGCUAUGACAUGCGCAAGUUAGAUCCCGAGCUGCCUCCCAGUUGCCGCAGCUACGAUGUGUGCAACUUCUGCAUGGAUCCUAGCCACGACUUGGCCGCUCAGUUCCAGAUCCGCAUGUACAUGCUGCGCUACUCGCAGUACAUCGAUGCCCUGCAGCACAUCUUGAGCACAGGUCAGGGAGUUGUCCUCGAGCGCAGUCCCUACUCGGACUUCGUUUUCAUGGAGGCCAUGUUCCGUCAGGGAUAUCUGUCUCGCGGCGCCCGUUCCGUCUAUAACGAUCUGCGCCAGAACACCAUCGGUGAGCUGCUGAAGCCGCAUUUGGUAAUUUACUUGGACCUGCCAGUUGAGGCCGUGAAGAAGCAGAUCCAGGCCCGCAACGUGGACUACGAGGUGCAAUCGAAGGUGUUCAGCAACGCUUACUUGAGCGAUGUGGAGCAGUUGUACAAGCAACAGUUCCUCAAGGACAUCUCCACCCACGCCGAGCUGCUCAUCUACGACUGGACUGCCGGUGGUGAGACCGAGGUUGUGGUCGAGGACAUCGAGCGCAUCGACUUCGACCAGUACGAGGCGGACCCGCAUAACAAGAAGAUGAUAGACUGGCGCUUCCCGCUGGAGACCGAGUGGUGCGAGGCCCGCAUCAAAUACUGCAACGAGAAGCCCGAUCUGAUGAACUACUUCAAUGUGCCGCGCUUCGACGUUCCCGAGCUGCUGCGCAGCGCCGAUGACAGCAAAGCCUGGCGCGAUGUCUGGUUCAAUGCUCCCGGCAUGAAGUAUCGUCCUGGAUACAAUGCGGAAAUGGGUGACGGCGGCCUUCUCACCAAAACGAAAUUGGGCGUCAACGAGGCCAUCUAGAGGGUUUUUGCUAUGCUUUUGAAUUGAAAUCAUCUGGCGAAAUGUGUUAAUUAUCUAAUAAACAAUCUAGUAAAAUAACGAUAAAAGCAA